GUUGUUCGUGCUUUGAGAUCUUGUCCUAACCCCGCCAAUGGAAAUCUACCAACCGAUUACCUUCUCUUCCUUUGCCCGGGCAAACGAGAGCUCGGAGGGGAACAUAUUGAUAUCUUAGACACGCCUGCCCCUGGUUCCUUGGCUGAGACCUUCCGAAGAACAAAAAGACAAAUGAUUUACGUUCACAGCAAGAUGAUAAUUGUGGAUGACAGCUAUAUCAUUGUUGGAUCAGCUAACAUCAAUGAAAGAUCAAUGUCUGGAACAAGAGAUACUGAGAUGGCCGUGGGUUGCUGGCAGCCUGCAUACAAUGCAUACAAUCCGUAUGGAGAGGUUCAUGUAUUCCGAAUGUCUCUGUGGGCUGAACAUCUCAAGCAUUGGGAGGAGGUAUUCAGAUUCCCGGGUACCCUAGACUGUACUAGGAAAGUCAAGGAGAUGUCAGAUUACAACUGGGAGUUGUACAAUUAUGAAAAGUACGGACACCCGGAACACAUUCUACCCCCAGGACAGCUCCUCACUUAUCCAGUUCAAGUGACCUCUGACGGAAAACUAGAAAAUCUGCCAGGAUUCAAGAGCUUUCCAGACUACCCUGCUUCCGCUCAGGUAUUCGGAUCCAAGACAGCCAUGAUUCCUGAGAAGAUAACAACAUAAUGUUG